AUUGUUUCUUCUUUCUUCUGAUUCCUUAGCUCUUAUUUAUUUUUAACCUUCUUUUCCUUUUUUAGACUCAACACUUUAUUCCUAUCUCUUCUCUCCUUCAUUUUCCAUUUUGAAGUUGCUUUUGUUGCUGCAAAGAUGGUGAGAGGAAAGACAGAAAUGAAGCUUAUAGAGAACCCAACAAGUAGACAAGUAACAUUUUCAAAGAGAAGAAAUGGUUUGAUGAAAAAAGCUUUUGAAUUAUCAAUUUUGUGUGAUGCUCAAGUUGCUCUUAUUGUUUUCUCACAAAGAGGAAGACUUUAUGAAUUUGCAAGUUCAAGCAUUCAAGAAACAAUUGAGCGAUACCGCAGUCAUACAAGGAUCCAUAAUACUCCAACAACAUCUGAAUCUGCUGAAAAUACUCAGCGUUUGAAGGAAGAAGUAGAAAACAUGAUGAAAAAGAUUGAUCUUCUCGAGACUUCAAAACGAAAACUGUUAGGAGGAGGCUUAGGGAGUUGUUCCAUUGAUGAACUACAAAGGAUGGAGCAACAGUUGGACAGGAGCAUAACCAAAAUUCGAGUUAAAAAGGCUGAGGUUUUCGAGGAACAGAUUGAUCAGCUUAAAGAAAAGGAAAAAACCCUAGUUGCUGAAAAUACCAGACUCUCUGAGAAGUAUGGUAGUUAUUCAUCACAGCAAGCAAAAAAAGAUGACAGGAAAAAUAUAGCUGAGGCUGAACCAAUUUUAGAUGUUGAAACUGAAUUAUUCAUUGGUCUUCCAGCAACAAGAACAAGAUGAAUUUCUCCAAUGUUGAGGAUUGAUUAAUCCCUUUGACUAUGCAAAAUGAAAAUAAGGGUAAGGCAAAGUGUCUCAUCAAUAUUGGAUAUUGGAUUUGUUUCCUUUAUUAUGCUCUCAUCAUUCGGAUGAUAAAUAAUAAUACUGAGUGUGAUUUUCUUGAUAAUAUUCUCAAACCU